AUGGAGCUGAUCACCUUCAAUAUGCAAAACCUUUGUAGUUUAUACGAUAGAUUCAGUGAUCUUCCGGAACCAAUCAUUCUUCAUGUUUUCUCAUUCCUGGGUUCCAAUGAUAUUGUUCGGCUAUGUUAUGUCUCUAGAAAAUUUCGAAAGCUAUGCAUGUCUAGCCCUAACUUGUCAUUCAAGUUAACAUUCGAUUCUGAAAAAUGCACGGCCAAAUGUAAAAAGUUGCAGAGGUUUCUAAAGGAUUUUCUGAGUAUACAUAAUGCACCAGAGAUUCAUCGUCUUCGACUGCAUUGGUUUUGCCACUCCGUCAGAUAUGAUGCUAAAGGAUCUAUUUUUAGUUUGUGGGUUCAAAAGGCUGUAAGGAAUAAGGUGCGAGAGCUGGAUAUUGGGGUUCCUGUAAAACCUCAUAAAGCCUUCUACUUGCCUGCUGGUGUAGAGUCGCUGAGGGUGUUGAAAUUGAAGUUGCAAGGGGGAAAUUUAAAAUCGUUUGCAUCGGUGUUUGCCUCACUCGAGACCUUGUCACUAAAUUCGGUAUCGAUUCCUUUCUUGGAAUUUGGAGAAUGGGUGUGCAAUUCCUGCAAGUCCCUUAAAGUUUUAAAUCUCGAAAAGGUUAAUGGCAUUGGCAAUCUCAACAUUAGCAGUUCAUCUCUCAAGGUCUUGACAAUAGUUUGUUGCGCUGAUGAAGAAGAUGGUUUGGUUUCAGAUUAUUCGGUCACCAAAGACUGUAAAAUUUUCAUCGACUGUUCCUCUCUUGAGAACUUAGCAAUCUCUAAAUGUCUGUUUGACGGCUUGCAUCUCAAUGUCAAUGCACCUUCUCUCAAGGGUCUGGAAAUCUCCGACUGUUAA